UGCUUUUUUAAAUCUCUUGAUCCAAGAGUUCACGUUUACUUGUAACAAAAGUCUUGUAAUCUCUCAUAUAGAAAAGUCUCUUCUUCACUCUUUCUCUCUCAAAUGAAUAAUGUCAUCUUACGAAAUCUCUCACAUUGAUUUAGAAAAUGGUUCCGGCGAGCGUCAAUACCGUCCAAGUGACGUCAGCGGAGAAGAUAGUUCUUCUUGUGAUUACGACUACGAUUUUCACUCAGCUGUUCGUAGCUUUUGCGGCGAGUUUGAGAUUGCUGAUGAUUUGGACGACGAAACAGAUACAGAAUCAGUAGCCUCUGGAUCAAUCAGAGGGUCUCCGGAGAAAGAUUGCCGGAUUUGCCAUUUGGGUUUAGAGAGUAGUCGUCAUGAAUGUGGAGAUCCAAUGGUUCUUGGAUGUUCUUGUAAAGAUGAUUUGGGUUAUGUUCAUAAGCAAUGUGCCGAUACUUGGUUCAAGAUCAAGGGUAAUAAGACUUGCGAGAUUUGUCGUUCGAUAGCUCAAAACUUUUUUAAAGUUGACAAUGAGAUUGGUCAAACAACGGUUGAAACCAAUGUAGAUGACGUAGAGGCCGGAAAUACACCCACGAUGGUGGCUACAAGCGAUUCCGAUGAUCGGAGAUUAUGUAGAGGAAAUAGAUUCCUUAAUUUCCUUUUAACAUGUAUGGUCUGUGCAUUUGUAAUCUCAUGGUUCUUUCACUUUAACUUGCCUUCACACAAAUGAAAACUGAGAAAGAAGAUUAAAAUCCUCUGUUUUUUCUUUUCUCAAAAACUUAUUUCUUUUGCUUUGUGUGGAAUUUGAUUCC